GUUCGGCGACCGGUUCCCGGCGUCCCGGAUGUGGUUUUUGUAGUUCUCAUCUCAGCGCAUAGAGGCAAAAACAAGCUUAUUAAAAUAAACUAGAGGAAUAUGGCUUUUCCCCAAAUGCUCUCCUCAUUACCUAGAACCGGAGCAUUGCUCAAAUUCUCUCUUAGAACACGCUCAUUUGUCCGGUCAAGUACCACAAAUGCUACAGACGCAAAACGCCCAUCUUCAGCCCUUAGGAUAGCAACGACUGUCACUGUUGGCGUUCUCACCUAUGGCCUGGGCACCGUUUACCCACCACAACUCGCAACAAUUCUAUUUCCUCGUCCCGCACCUCCACCAUUGCAGCCAGAUCAUCCUGAGGGCAUUGCACAGACUGCCACUGUGGAAUCCCUGCUCCAAUCCUUGCCUGUCGUUACUCAACUUCGAGAAAAGUCAGAUGACUAUUACGAAAGCCGACCGUAUGCUAAGUAUCCGGAAGAAAAGCGAGUCAAUUCGUUGACAGCCGGAUCGCUGCGGGGCCCUGGAAAACUUGCGGUCCCUCCUAUUCUAUUCGCGAAACAUGACGAGACAGAAUCUAUUGCAUUUAUCCACCUUGGAAGAAGCUUAUGUGGCCAUGAUGGCAUCAUACAUGGUGGGUUGCUAGCGACCCUUCUAGACGAGUCUCUCGCCAGAAAUGCGUUCAUGAACUUGCCGGGACACAUUGGUGUUACUGCUAACCUGAACAUUAACUAUCGUUCACCCACAAUAGCAGACCAGGUGAUCAAAAUCACAACGAAAUUGGAGGAAAUCAGAGGGCGGAAGGCUGUGGUGUCCGGCCGCGUUGAAGACUUGUCAGGGAAGCUGCUUGUGGAUGCAACGGGUAUCUUCAUUGAGCCGAAAUUUGCGCCAUUGCUCAAAAGAACUGAUGUUACUCAAGCAAUUGGGAAGCCCAAUGGGAAAACCACCAAAGCUCCAAUUCCCGAAUCUGCGGUAUAGGGCUGAGGCCGCUUGGAUUUCGAUAGCGUUACUGUAAUUUCAACCGCCAAGACUUAAUUAGGUGAUUAUGAACUCAAUGACUGUCAGAUUUGAAAGGUCGUGACACUUGCAGUCCUGGCGGGGAAAAGUUACUACUGCAGGUGGAGCGAUCAUGAAUCUAUGCUAGCUGUGCACUCUACAAGUCAUUGACGAAUCGAGUACAAGCCCUAUUAAUGGAAAUACAUUGGUUUUCUGAUU